CCUUCUCCCUCCUUGCAUUUUUCAAUCAUCAAUAGCAGCUUACUUACGGAUUUCAUUCUCCCUUCCAAGAGGCUUAAACAUAAGAACACCUUCACUAAGCCAUAAUCAGUCUUAAGAUCCUUCUCUAUUGUCUAUUCUUCUCACAGUAGCAAAACAAAGAAUUGGUAUGUCACAGACUAGUCUAUUAUCAGAGCUCUUGCAGUCUACUGUACUCAUUCAGCUUCUUGGAGGACUGGUCGCGCUGCUCCUGUUUCUGCUUGCGGCGCUUAAAUUCUAUGUGCAAUACACGACAGGGGUUUGUAACAGUAAUGCUAAAAUGAUUGGAAAGACAGUCAUAGUCACUGGUGCGAAUGGAGGUAUUGGAUAUGAGACAACGCUUGAUUUGGCAAAACGAGGUGCAAGGGUUAUAAUGGCCUGUCGGAAUUUAGAGGUUGCAGUUGUAGCUCGAGAUGAAAUUGCAAGGAAGGCAAAAAAUCAAAAUAUUGUUGUACGGAAACUGGAUUUGAGUAGUCUCAAAUCAGUCAGGGAGUUUGCAGAAGAGAUAAACAAGACUGAAGAGAGGCUCGAUGUAUUAAUUCACAAUGCAGGAAUGGCAAACACAUUUUCUAAACAUGUCACAGACGAAGGUCUUGAAGUGACAAUGGCCACAAAUCAAUACGGGCCGUUUUUGCUUACACACCUUUUAAUAGAUCUGUUGAAGAAAUCCAAACCGAGCCGCAUAAUUGUAGUGGCGUCUGAAUUGUACCGGCUGGCAUCUGUCAACUUAGAAAAUCCUAAUCCUGUAAAUAGCCUUCCAGCAUAUCUGUACUACGUCUCAAAGUAUGCAAACAUUUGGUUUACUCUCGAACUUGCAAGACGCUUGGAAGGCACUGGAGUUUCAGCUAAUUGCCUCCAUCCGGGGAUGAUUGAUUCAGGAAUUUGGAGGAAUGUCCCUUUCCCGCUCAAUUUGCCAAUCAAACUAAUCGCUAAAUUAUUUUUCAAGAAUCCUGAACAAGGCGCACAGACUUCAGUCCAUUUGGCAGUUUCCGAUGAAGUCGACGGCAUGAACGGCAAAUACUUUAUGGACUGCAGAGAGCACAAUCUUUCAUCGGGUGCAAAGGACAUGGAAAAAGCGAAAAAAUAUUGGGAAAUCUGUGAAGAGUUAGUUCAGCUGAAGCCUACAGACCCAAGAAUUUAACAUAUAAAAUGGUGAUUGAAAUUUUAAAGAUAAAUUUAUAACUACAUGUAAGUUAAUUUUAAAUUUUUUUUGUUAAAACCAAGUUUUAUAUUUAUAUUUUUUUGGUGUGAAUUAGAGGCUUUCAAAACUAGAACCUUCUACAUGUGAUAUUUAAAUGUGUUAAUAUUUAUAUGAAUUUAUUUAAUGUCACAACCAUUUCAAAAGAGUUCUAUUUUUUAAAUAAGUAAUAAUAGUAUAAUUGAAAAAGCAAAAUUGAUUUUCUUUGAGAUCUUUUAUAUUUCUAAGUGAAUUUUAAUAUGAAUGAUUGUAAAUUUUAUUUGUGCAAUAUUAAGAUGUAUAGUGUUAAGUAAAAUUUAAUAAGUUUGGA